AUGCACAUCAUGAAGCCUUGCACACUCGCAUCCAGAGUAGCAACGACUCUGCUGAUCGCUUCGAAUCUGAUUUCCGUCACUGUCGCGAUUCAAUGCUAUUCGCACAACGGUGUCGAAGCGAACUCGUCUGAAUUCUACAAUGCGACGCGAGAUGGUCAAUUGAUCGGAUGCGGAACGGCCCCCACGACAUGUUGCUUGGAGAAUGAAUACUGCGACAUCGACCUCCUCUGUCAUGAUAGAACUGAUGGAGGAGUUUCAAGACAGUAUUGUUCGGAUCCGUCCUGGCCACCAGAUGCCUGUUCGGCAUUAUGUCCUGACUACGGCGCAGCUGGAGUAGCUCUGACACAAUGCGACGAUGCUGGAACAAAAUUCUGUUGCGGUCCAGAUAACACCGCAUGCUGCGACGCAGGCAACUACACGCAAAUCAACCAGAAGGGACAAAUCAUCGCAAUCGGAACAAGCACUAUUCAAACCUCGUCUACGAGCACCACAACGGCAUCCUCAUCUUCAACAAAUCCGGCAUCUACUGCAGCAACUACGACCGCAAGCUCAGCAGCAGCAACGCGGGCCACGGCCUCGUCAACCUCAGCAUCUAACAGCGCGUCAUCGUCAGCUACAAAGCUCGGCGCAGGCCUGGGUGUCGGACUCGGUGUCCCUUUCAUCAUUGCACUCGGCCUUGCGGUGUACUUCUGGAAAAGGUCAUCGCAGAAUAAGAAAGGCACAUCUGCAGCCGCAGCUGCUGCAGGAGCGGAGGAUCCGAUGCAGCACACUCCCGCCGCGGGAGGCUUAUACAGAUAUUCCGGGUCUCCGGAUAACAAAAAGGACACACGCGAGGAACAACAGAUGCUGAUGAAUGUAGAGAGGAGGGAGUUGCAGGGGUCGAAUGCGGCUCAUGAGUUGCCGUGA